AUGACUGCCCUUCUAGAAGCGUACAUGAGGCAGAAACAGCAGCAGCAGCAGCAGCAGCAGGUACAGUUUGCGCCCAAUCCCGCCGCUGCUGUUCACCAGCUGCAGGAGUCGCUCAGGAGAAAACAACAGAAGGCAGCACCCUCUCAGGUGCCACAGCAGCAGCAGGUGCAGGAUCCAAGGCGGAGACUGUGGCAGCAGGGGCAGGGGCAGGGGCAGCAGCAGCAGCAGGAGCCAUCUCUUUGCCUUGGGGGGGACCUGAGCUACCGCAUGGGGUGGGGAGAGGAGGACAGGGCCGCUUGGCCUGUGGUGGAGGCAGGCAGGCGAGCAGCAGACGCUGCUGCUAUGGGAGAGAAGAUGGGAGCAGUGGAAGCAGAGAAGGGUGCUGCUGAUCCGUUUCCCCCAGGCGCACACAGAGCAGGGGGGGUUCUGGGGCGCAAGGGGGUGAAAGCCGUGGCAGCAUCGGGGCACACGCUAGCAGUGACAGUAGACGGAGCACUCUACUCAUUCGGCCGAAACUGGGACAGUAGGCGGCGGAAAGCGGGGCAGCUGGGGCGGAAGGGGCCGUUUGGGAGGCCUGGGAGGGUGGCGGGAGUGGCGGGGAGAGUGAGGGCGGUCGCUGCUGGGAAGUUUCAUUCGGUGGCAGUGACUGAAGAGGGGGUGGUGUACACGUGGGGGUGUAAUGGGAGGGGCCAGCUGGGGAGACAGACGAGGAGCAUGGGCGACAGGCACAAGGCGGCGCCAGUGAGGGGGCCACUGGAAAACGUGGUGGUGGUGGCGGCAGCAGCAGGGCCGCACUACUCCCUCGCCCUCUUGCCCUCUCUUCCAGUGGUCAGCUCUAUACCCCGGAGCUUCAACCUCUUAUCUCUUCCCCUCCCUCUCCCUCCUCCACCUCCCAGGGCGACAGGCACAAGCCGGCGCCAGUGCGGGGGGGCACUCGAAAAUGUGGUGGUGGCGGCAGCAGCAGGGCCGCACUACUCCCUCGCGCUCUCUGCCGGGGGGCAAGGCGACAGGCAUGAGGCGGCACCAGUGAGGGGAGCAUUGGAAAACUUGGUGGUGGUUGCAGCAGCAGCAGGGCCGCACUACUCCCUCGCGCUCUCUGCCGGGGGGCAAGGCGACAGGCAUGAGGCGGCACCAGUGAGGGGAGCAUUGGAAAACGUGGUGGUGGUUGCAGCAGCAGCAGGGCCGCACUACUCCCUCGCGCUCUCUGCCGGGGGGCAAGGCGACAGGCAUGAGGCGGCACCAGUGAGGGGAGCAUUGGAAAACGUGGUGGUGGUUGCAGCAGCAGCAGGGCCGCACUACUCCCUCGCGCUCUCUGCCGGGGGGCAAGGCGACAGGCAUGAGGCGGCACCAGUGAGGGGAGCAUUGGAAAACGUGGUGGUGGUUGCAGCAGCAGCAGGGCCGCACUACUCCCUCGCGCUCUCUGCCGGGGGGCAAGUCUUCACCUGGGGCCUCAACCUCUUCUCGCUCCCUGCUCCCUGGACCCACCACCAUGACCUCUGCCAUACUCCUACUGCUGCUUCUUCUGCUGCUGCUGCUGCUGCUGCUGCUGUUGCCGCUGGCAGCGCCGGCAGCAGCACCAGCACCAGCGGUGGAUUAGAGAAGGAACUAGCAGCAGCACUGGCACUGGCAGCAGAACCAAGGAGGGUGGGAGGGGCGUUGGAGGGGGAGAGAGUGGUGGAGAUAGCAGCAGGGGAGGAGCACUGGCUUGCCCUCACAGAUAAAGGCCACGUGUACGCAUGCAGGUGCCCUCAGGUGAGUAGGUGCCCUCAGGUGAGUAGGUGCCCUCAGGUGAGUAGGUGCCCUCAGGUGAGUAGGUGCCCUCAGGUGAGUAGGUGCCCUCAGGUGAGUAGGUGCCCUCAGGUGAGUAGGUGCCCUCAGGUGAGUAGGUGCCCUCAGGUGAGUAGGUGCCCUCAGGUGAGUAGGUGCCCUCAGGUGAGUAGGUGCCCUCAGGUGAGUAGGUGCCCUCAGGUGAGUAGGUGCCCUCAGGUGAGUAGGUGCCCUCAGGUGAGUAGGUGCCCUCAGGUGAGUAGGUGCCCUCAGGUGAGUAGGUGCCCUCAGGUGAGUAGGUGCCCUCAGGUGAGUAGGUGCCCUCAGGUGAGUAGGUGCCCUCAGGUGAGUAGGUGCCCUCAGCAUGCAUCAACCAUUGGAGCAGCAGCAGGCAGGUGCGUCCCUUGCAAUAAUGAAUGUACUUUCUUAUACGCCUUCUCUUCCCCUUUCCACCCCAUUUCCUCCCCCCUACCAGCACCGCGUGCAUCAACCAUCGGAGCAGCAGCAGGCGCAUCUUUUGCUGUCAUGGCAUCCUCGCAGCAGCUUCUGUCGUGGGGCUAUGGUGGGGGGAAACGAGGACUAGCAGCAGCAGCAGCAGGAGGAGGAGCGGCAGCAGCAGCAGGAUCUGUGUUACUGGGGCGAACAGGGGGAGCAGCGGAAGAGCCGAGUGAGGUGAUGGGAGAGGAGGAGGGGGGGGACGGGGGAUUGCGGUUGGGUGGGGUGGUGCAGGUGGUGGGGGGUGCGUCGUUUGUGCUCGCCCGGACCAGCACUGGACAGGUCUUUUCGUGGGGUCACAACAACUACCAUCAGCUUGGCCGCCCAACGCCAAACUCCGCCGACCCGCUUCCCGGCCUCGUGGGCGGCCUGGCUUGUCUGCACGUGGACACUGUAGCAGCAGGGUCGCACCACGGGCUUAUUUUCGGGCGGGCGGAGCGCGGCAAGGAGUUGGAAGUGGUUGAGAUGGAACAAGUGGUUAAGGAAGAGUGGGAGCGGGUACAUAGUGGGGAAGACAAGACAGGAGGAGGAGGCGGAGCAGGAAGAGCAGGGGGAGAAGGUGCAGCAGGGGCAGGUUGGGGGGGGAGAGGAGGAGGAGGAGGAGCAGGAGAAGGAGGAAAAGGGGCGGUGUUUCCAGUGAUAUACAACGAGCACCACAGGGGCGAGAUCAUGCAGGUGGCAGGGGAGUGGUUCGCCCAGCUGCCGCAGUCAGGGUUCGACCCGGCCUUUCGCAACCCCUGCUGGAAGGACGGGUCCGGGUUUCACUGCCUGCCCUAUUUCCUCGUUAUCGGGGCUAUGAGGAGUGGCGCUCAGGACUUCUUUCAUCGCUUGACCAUGGUGCAUCAGACUGCUGUGCUGCCUGCUUCUAUGACCAAUCUUGAAUGGUGGGACAUGAGGGAGUAUGAUCCCUUCGAUUGGUACACUGAGAAAUUCAGCCAAGCAGCAGCGCACAUAGCCACGCAUCCAGCCGCCAUCGCAGGGGAGGCGACCCCCUCGCUGCUCACCCACUCGGGCAUCUUGGCUCGAGGGCCACAUGCGCGCAGCUUCCUGCUGCCAGAGCUGGUCUUCUCACUGCUCCCCCAUGCGCGCUUCAUCGUGCUCCUCCGCAACCCCAUCCACCGGUGGUUCUCUUCCUUCCUGUCGGCGAAGCAACAUGAUGACUCUCACAUCGCUUUCAACAGCAACGACAACAGCAGCAGUGCAGCUGACGCUUUUGCGAGACACGUAGAUGCGGUGUUACCCGCAAUUAAAGGGUGUAUGGUGGACCAUUCCCCUGUCUACUGCUCCCGCCUGCUCUUCCACUCCUUUCCGCAUGUGUGCCGCAGCAUGUAUGCCUAUUUCCUAUCGGUAAGUUGA